AAGUUAACUAAACUUCCAGUGAUGAAAUUAAGAGUGUGGCCUUUCUGUUUGGCCCCCCCAAAAAAAUGCAGCCGCAUAUUUUCUCGGUCUUUUGGCUUAAUUGGCUUGUUAGUGACGUUCUGCGGGUUUGGAGCAAGGUUGGACUUUCCCGUCAGUGUGACAAAUGCCGCUGUCGUAUGGUGGAGCCACACCUGCGCAGGCGGCGCGGGUGUAUAAAUGCAGCCGCAGAGUAUCUGUGUGUUGCACUGCCAAACGGUAAGCGGACGCCUUCUCACUUCGCUGCUCGUGGACGAGUUGUCGGACUUUGGACUUGUCAUGUCGCAGAGGUACCCCAUCAGUAUCCGUGUAACCGGAGUCAUGGAGAAGGACAAGAAAAAAAUGUACAUCGCCUCGGUGCUUUGGUCAGACGAGGAAGACAUUGUCAUCUACAGGACUCUUGAGGACUUUAAGAAAAUGCAUAAGCUCCUAAAGAAAGCAUUCCCUGGCGUGAAAAAAUCGGAGAGAAUCGUGCCUAAAUUUCACGUCGCAAAGAAGGCCAAAGCUGGGCAGAAGAACGGCAGCACCAAGUCCCUCAAUUACCUGAAGCCCUUGCAGAAGUACUGCAACCAACUGCUGAGCUGCGAUCCGCAGGUCAACCAGUCGGUGCACCUCAUCCAGUUUCUCCACCCCAAAAAUGAGGAACUGCAGCCAGAGUACUCCAGGAACGGCAUCAUAAUUACGCCCCCCGAAACGCAAGCCCAGCAGGAGCAAAUUCUCAGCCAGGGUGGCAACGUGACCCAGCCCUUUAGCACGGAGACUUACAGGUGCGUGGCCCCCUACGAGACCAAGGACACCAAGAACAAGCCGUUCAAAGUCUCGCUGGAUGAAAAAGUCGACGUGCUCAUCAAGGACAAAGCAGGCUGGUGGCUUGUGGAGAAUGAAGACAAGUGCUUGGCCUGGUUUCCGGCACCGUACCUGGAGAGAACGGACGAUGAACCGGAAGAGGACAACAUCGAUGGACUUCCCGAAAGAGGAUUGUUUUACACCGUGACCAAGAGCUACAAAGCCACCAACAAUGACGAAAUAACAGUGAGCAUCGGCGCCUCAGUGGAGGUGCUGCAGAAGUCGGAAAACGGCUGGUGGCUCAUCAGACACCAAGGCAAGGCCGGCUACAUCCCCAGCAUGUACCUGAAGCCCCCGAGCCACGGCCGCAUGGCAGGAGGCCACCACAAGCGCAGCAGUCCCAUCCUUCUGUCCCCUUCCAACCUGGCAGUGCAGUCACAGUUGAUGAGCCACUCUCAAGAAAACCUGCAAAAACCGAACCCCGCCAGGCCCGUCUCACCCAAUCUCCUUCGGCCCCAAAGCAAGCAAUUGUCUAAAUCCGUUGAGGUCCUGAGCCCACCUGCGUCGGCCACCGCCUCACUUCCCAAGCAGAGACCUGUCCCACCUCCGAAUCCAAGACGCGCCACAUCUCCCAAUCCAGGACGCGCCCCAUCUCCCAAUCCAGGACGCGCCCCAUCUCCCAAUCCAGGACGCGCCCCGUCUCCCAAUCCAGGACGCGCCCCGUCUCCCAAUACAGGAGGCAUCCCAUCUUCUAAUACAAGACACGCCUCACCUCCCAACGCAAGCUACGUCCCUACGCCCAUCAUCAUGGUGGAGAACGACGCGGAUAACGAUCUUCCGAUUAGCCUGACCGGGGACAGCGAGGGAGAGUUCACAAGUGACAGCGAAUUCAGCAGUGACGAAUUCAGCUCGCCCUCGACCAGCACGACCACGAGCCUGAGCAUGAGCUACGACGACUACCGCCUGCGCCACAGCCGCACUCCUCCGCCGCCGGCUAAGCAGAACCUGAAUCCGGAAAGCGCCAUGGGGGGCAAAAUGACGCCCGCCAUAUCCGACCCCAACAUCUUCAAGAGCGUCUCAGCGCCCAAGAUGCCGCCCAGGCCGGAGGCCAAAGAGAUCCUCAGCCGAUGCACCACCAUCACUCGCAAGAACGCAAACAGAUCUCAGAGCCCGACGCCCAUACAGAGUCAUUAGAAGUCGCCGAAGUCGGACAAUUCAGAUCAGUCAAUUACAAUGCAGCAGAAUGAGUUCAGCUGGACCUAGACUUCUCAAACAAACUUGUUCAAAUGUAUUUACGGUUUUAUACUAGAAAGAUUGCUAGCACCUUUGCAGCUAGAAACGCAUCACUCAACUCUUUCCAGUCUCUUCAGGGUAUAUUUUCCAUACUGGAAAACGUUUGUUGAGCCUUAUAUGCAUUUAGACGUGGAGCUCAUUUUUACAUGUACCCAAAGAUAUUUGUUUGUGUGUCAAGAAUGCUAGAAAUGGAAAUAGCCUCUGGGUGUGUUGUGGUUUGUUUGCUUUGGACCGAAUAAAAGCAUGCCGAUCAAUUGUGCAGUGGUGCAACGUGGCUUAAACAAAGACAGCGAUGACAAAGCACAGGGAGUAACGCUGCUUCCAACAAUUUCUUCAUUUCAGUUCUCCAUGGUGAAAGUUUUAAGUCAUUUCAGUGCGAACCGGCCUCAUGCAGAAGUACAAGUAAGCAACGUGAGCCACUUCACUAGCAAUGGUCACUAAUCAUCAUUUCCCUGAUAUUUGAUUGGAAAUCAGCUUCAUGAACCACUACAGCUACCAGUGGCCCCGUUAUUUUCCCUAUUCAACCAUUCUCACGCCAGCUUCACAAAAUUCAGUUUCAUGCACCACUACACCAACAAUGGUCGCAUAAUAUUACUUUUCCUGGAAUUGUUGUGGACUUCUCCCCAUCUCACACCAGCCGCACAAAGGGUCAGAUAUGUGAACCACUCCACUAUCAACAGUCCCAUUAGUAGACUUGACUAUUGUAAUGGUCUUCUGACUGGAUUCCCCCAAAAGAGCGUUAAACAGCUGCAGUGCAUUCAGAACGCUGCAGCUCGGUUUCUGACCAGAACGAAGAGGUCCGAACAAGUCUUUACACUGUCCCUGGUCAGCCUUAGAAUAGAUUUUAAAGUUCUGCUACUGGUCUAUAAAUCACUAAAUGGUUUAGGUUCUGAAUACACAAAGGAAAUGCUAAUGGAAUAUAAACCGAGUAGGGCUCCGAGAUCGACAGACUCGGGUCAAAUAGUGGAGCACAGAGUCCAAAGCAAACGUGGUGAAGCAGCAUGUGGCUAUUAUGCUGCACACAAAUGGAAUAAGUUGCCAACAGAAGUGACGUCGGCCCCGAGUGUGAAUGUUUUUCCAGGUUAGUCCAGGUUAAAACCUCUUAUUCUCAUGCUUUAUAGGGACUUUCCACUUUAAAUAGGUCUUGCAACUGUACGCCGUUUUAAUUGUACUUUUAUUUUCCCCUUUGUUUGAAAUGUUCAUAAGCUGUUUUCUUUAUUUUUAAAUGCUUGUAAUCAUGUAAAGCACAUUGAGUUACCUUGUGUAUGAAAUGCGCUGCAUAAAUAAAUUUGCUUUGCUUAGUCAUGA